GUAGACGGGCUCUGGUACUAGCAACCCUGUGAUGCAGUGGGGAAGACUUCAGAUGAUACAUUGCCAGUAACAACCGUAGGCUUAACAUAUACUAUAAACAAUUAAAAAAUGGAUCACUCCGCAAAAGAACAGGAGGCUAUGGCUUUGGUGGCAGAGGCAGAUAAGAAAAUGAAGUCACCAGGGACGUUUUUGGGGACGUUAUUUGGGAGUUCUUCAAAGGCCGAAGAUGCCUGUGAUAUGUAUGUAAGAGCAGCAAAUAUGUUCAAAAUGGCCAAAAAUUGGAAUGCGGCAGGUAAUGCUUUCUGCAAAGCUGCCCGACUGUACCUACGAGUAGACAACAAAUUAAAUGCUGCUGUGAGCUUUAUUGACGCAGGAAAUGCCUUUAAAAAAUCGGACCCUGAAGAGGCAGUGAAAUGUCUUGGCCAGUCGAUUGAGAUUUACACUGAUAUGGGGCGUUUCACAAUUGCAGCUAAACAUCAUGUUACCACUGCUGAAAUAUAUGAAAGUGAGCUGCUGGACAUUGAGAAGGCUGUUGCCCAAUAUGAACAAGCAGCUGACUAUUACAAAAUGGAAGAGGCUACCAGUGCUGGCAAUAAAUGUCUCAUGAAAGUGGCUACUUAUGCAGCUCAACUGGAACAGUACCAGAGAGCUAUUGAAAUCUAUGAGCAGAUUGGCACCUAUGCAAUGGAUAGCACUUUGCUUAAGUAUGGUGCGAAAGAUUACUUCUUCAAAGCAGCACUAUGUCACUUUUGUGUAGACAUGCUGAAUGCAAAGUUGGCCAUUCAGAGGUAUGAGGAAAUGUUCCCAGCUUUCUCUGACUCCAGAGAGUGUAAACUUGUCAAGAAACUCCUGAAUGCACAUGAAGAAGAGAGUGUUGAUGCUUACACUGAUGCUAUAAAGGAAUUUGACUCGAUCACCAAGCUGGAUCAAUGGCAGACCACCAUGUUACUCAGAAUCAAGAAGACCAUCCAGGACGAUGAGAGUGACCUGCGCUAAUGCUCCUUGCGUUGCCUGGUGACCCCCCCACCCCAUCCCACUCCCUUUUUCGUAUCUUUGUCUUAAUGUUUACACCUUUCAAUGGGAACUGCACUCAUAGUUUUCAAAUGUGGCAUGUAUAGAUAAUGUUUCCAAAGAACAGUAGUAUACAGUAUGUUUUGCCACACAGAGCAGAGCCAAGUGCUGCUUAUGUAAAUUCUUUAUGCUUGUUAAAGACACAGUAUUGGUUCUGCAAGGGAACAAGCUGGCUUCUUUUUUUUAAAUUCUCAACCAUUACUUUUGUGGCAAUUUACUCGCCAUUUAGGGGUCCACCUACUGUUAAUGUUUUUGCAUCACCUGGGUGGUUACAUCGAAAUGCCAAAUUGUUAGCGCCCCAUUUUGAGCCUUUCUGUAUGAUUGAGUGCAGUUGAGUGGACUUGGUUUAAAAUGUAAUUUCAGUAAUCAGGAACACCUACAACAUGAAGCGAAUGGCGUUGUAUGUUUGCAAUGUUUAUCUAGAUCUAGAAAAACAUUGCAAACCAGGCUUUCAUGUAAGCUGGGUUUUGUUCACUUUAUUUUACCUGACAUAGUGUUUUGCCAUAUUGCCACAUAGCUGCAAAGUUAGCAUCAGUAAAACUCACCAACUGUCAUCAAGUGGGAAUACAUUUUAAUUGGAGCGGUUGCCAACUCAACUAACAUUUUUGUACAAGAGAAAGGCUAGAAACAGUAGUAAAUGACCCUUUCAAAGAGGCAUGGGAUGAAGAAUUCCAAACCUAUCCUUAAUUCCUGUCUUUGCAAGCUACCCCUAAGCAUCUUCACAGACUCUGUAGCAUCCUUGCAGACUUUUUUACUAUACAAGAGCACGUACUGCACACUAAAUAGCCUGCAUCUAUUUAGUGUGAUCUGUUCUGCAUGAUAUAUUUCCAUAUAGAGAACAUUCUUUAUCAUAGGCAGAGUUAUAAAAGUCUGAAAACAACAGAAACAGAAAACAAAAGUCCUACCAUGUAUUGGUUUCCACCUGUGCACUUAACACAGGUGAUUUCACAAAUUAGCUGAUCUACCUUAACCUGACUCUCGCCAGAUGAAUUUCGUUCCGCUAGGCAGAACGGAAUUCAUCUGGCGAAAGUCAAGUUAGAUCUACCUGGCUGAAGACUGAAGACCUGGCUGUGGUAAUUCACAUAACAUUCAGCUGGUUUUGUGAAUGGUUAGAAAAAAUACACGGUAGGACUUUUACUUGUUGAAGCCGGACUUUUACUCCUCUGUACAAUAGCUUACAUUCAUUUAGUAUGAUGUUCUGCAUGAUAUCUUUCCAUCAAGCUUUCUUUAUCAUUACUACAUAGGUCAACACAAAUUGAAGCAGAGUGUCAAGAGUCCUCUGUUUAAACUAUACACAUUUAAUUUUUAUGUAGGUUUCAUAUGGAAAGAUACUAAUUAUUUCCUCUAUUGAGGAAUUUGCCCAUAGCUUAAUGUAAUUAAGCUUUCAGAAUCUAAAAAAACACCAUCUAUAAUGUCAUGGACCUCACUCAAUUAUAUUUUAUUUAUUUCUUAUGAAUUUCAAUCUGCAAGGUCCAGGAGAACUUGCAAAAUUGUAAUGUGUUUACUGUGACUAUACUACUAAGCACUACCAAGGAAUUGAAACCAUACUUUUUUUGCACGUGCAUCUAUUACUGAUAACAUUGCAGGUAUUUAAUUAACUGUGAGCUAGUUACAUUAAGUUAACCUCAUGGAUUUUAAACCAUUCCCUUUAGGGAAAAGUUUCCUGUAUUCCCAUCUUUUUCUAUUUACUUACAUGUAUUUAACUUAAUGCUAUGGCAAAAUACACGAUUAAGCAAUUACUUGUGAUUGCUGAGGCUGAAAUGCAAAAAAAAAAAAAAAACACUA